GGCAUGAGCGAUCACUAGCGAUCAGCGAUGCAAAAUAUGAUGACGUCAACGGGCCUGUCUCUGCUCCUCAUUCAUUGUAGGAUGUCGGACUACAUCCGGCGGCUCGUCUCAGGCGACAAGGCACGUUUCAAGGAUGACUCACUGGACCUCGAACUGGACCUGGUUUACCUCACCGAUCGGGUCAUCAUCAUGGGAUACCCGGCCGACGGAUUCGAAAGUCUCUACCGCAACAAAAGAGAUGACGCGAAGCGCUUCUUGGAGCACCGACACGGCAAGAAUUUCUGGGUCUUCAACUUCUGCCCAUUACGGGAAAACUCGUAUCCCGCAAGCUUCUUCGAUGGGCGCGUCAGUCGAUACCCGUUCCCCGACCAUCACGCUCCACCUCUCGCGCUGUUACCUCUGGCUGCUCGGGAAAUGACAGAAUGGCUGGACGGGGCGCCUGAAAGAGUCAUAGUUCUGCAUUGCAAAGCGGGAAAAGGCCGAUCAGGAACCCUCGCGUGCACAUAUCUCCUCGCCCAAGAAAUGAGGCCCGAUCGGCCUCAGUCGGGACUGAACAGAUCCGAUGUCGCAAGCAGAGAUGAAUGGGCAAAGCUGAAGACUAGCGAAGUCAUCGAAGCCAUCGAACAGGACAGGGAACCCGUCGUGAUCGCACCGUCUUCGCCCUCAUCCUCUAUUCACUCAGUUCCUCAAAACACCAGCGAAUCUCCUCAAGCAUUCCCUGAUGCGCUUCAUCGCGUCCUUGACUUACACACGGCGCGGCGCAUGAAGGCGCCACAGCAGGACGCGAAUGGAAAACAGCUCAAGAAGGGGAAACAAGGUGUCAGCAUCCCCAGUCAGCGCCGUUGGCUGUACUACUGGGCGCGUCUGCUCAGCGGGCAAUCGCCAAAUGGGUUCUGGAGUUUGCCUUCCUCCAUCUCAGCCUCAUCGCCUCCCCGACGUUCUCACGUCCGCAUCAACUACAUCACGGUGCGCAUGUAUGAGCCGACGAGUCUCCGACUCCGGAUAGCCCGAACUGCGUCCGCUUUUAUGGAACGCACGGCGAAGGGCAAAGCAAGAGCAGCACAUGAGGAGACUACAGGCCCGGUGUGGAUCUCUUUAGCCCGAUACGAUGACCAGUUCGUCGAUCUGCUCGAACGGUGGGAAGCCCAUACUCGCGACUCUCACUUUCUGGGCUGCAGGCGUCCAAACACAAGCUCCCUCGACGGCGAGUCUCUACGAGAAGCAUUCGACGAUCGGGGACGAUGGGACAAAGGAAAGAUGGAGGGCAAAGUGAUGCAAUAUACAUUACGCCCCUUGUCGGAUACUGCCUGGGUCGACGUCCGCGCCGCCAUCGCUGAGUCGGCCGUGGACGUCCCCGCGGACGGGCCCGACAUUCCCGGCUCGGAGUUUAGCUCCAUCCCUAGCGACAGUCCGCAGCCGCCGUCCUCCGAAGGUGUAGUGGUCGACGCUGACCGCGAGAUUCGGGUGAAAGUCUACCUGGGCCAAAUCUUUCUAUGCUGGAUCUGGCUGAUCCCUUCGUUCCACCUCCCGCCUCCCUCCGAGCUGCCGGGUAGCACGAAGCUCAAGCUAACGCGCAAAGAAACAGAUUUCCCGAUUGGAUUGGGCAGUACUCUCAUCGACGUUGAAAUCGACAUGGAGUGGGUCGAGAAUGGCGUUGUUAAAGCAACGGAUUCGGGCGAAGAUAGCGACGGGAACAAGGGCCUCACUCUCGCUACUGCGCUCGUUGGGAACGACAUCCAAUCCACCGUGCACAUGGGACAAGCAACAGACUCGUAG